AUGGCGAUAAUUCAUAAGCAGAAGAAGAAAGCCACACGUCAAAAUAUUUCGUUCCCACGCCAGCGAGAACAUCAGCACAAGGCAAUUAGGAAGGAGUCGAUAUGCGGCACCAUUCAUUAUUACCCUGCUAAACAUAUUCCGAAGUUUUCUCUUAAAUUAGAAGUGACAGUUGAGAGAAUGAAGUUCGAUACAAAUUUGUUGAUGAGUUUGAAGAAUUUGAAAAACAAAAGUAAAUCCAACAGCAGCAACGACAGCAACAACAACAACGGCAACCGCAACAGAAAGAAUUUAGUGAGAAGUUCAUCGGUGCACGGCCGGGAGAGAUACGUGGAGAUGUCAUGCUACGCCAAACAAACUGAAAAUUUCGGCCACAAUCUUCUUUCGAAAGAAAAUGAUACCAAAGAAAAAAUAAAAUCGUUUGACGACCUUGCCAUAUUUCAGCGAAAGACUGCCAAAAGCCAGAAACUGAUCAAGCUAUCACUCGAGCAAGUAAAACAAUUGUGGUUCAAGGCCGUCAAGGAGGGCAACUUGAAGAACAUGUCCCAGAUGCUAUCGCAGAACAUUGACUUCAUCUACCUGAAAGAUAAGGCGGGUUACACGGCUCUGCACUACGCAAUCGAAUGCAACAACGAUGAAAUCCUCUCUGUCCUCAUCGCCUCGAUAAAGUCCGCUGCCGUGCGAAUGUCCAACCAGCUGACCCAAGAUGAGAAGACUGGAAGGUGCAGACAAGCUGGCAGCAAUCAUGGACAGCCAGAAUCAAUUCAAAAUAAGACAACUAAACAACCAGGUGUGAAACAACUGGCAAAUCAACAGCAGUUGCUACAACAACAGUUUCAACAGCAACAAUUACAACAACAACAAUUGCAACAACAACAGUUACAACAACAACAACUAUUGCAACAACAACUAUUGCAACAAAAACUGUUGCAACAACAACACUUGCGACUACAACAACCUCCCAAUAACCCGAUGAUAUCGGUUUCAUGUCAGGCACAACUACCGCAAGACCAACCUCAACUCUCACCUCCCCUGCCUCCCCCUCCUCACGUCAGCAGGGAAACAACGUCGAAAGCAGUUACUUGUCCAAUUAUAUGCCACAAGUGCCAUUUGAUGAAAACAAAAAGCAGCAAAAAAUUGUUGUGCAGAAGUUCAUUUGAAUCAAACGAGCAGAAAGAGGAGAACUCUGCUGCCGUUCCUGACCAUCACCAGCAGACACAUCAGCACUGCGAACCAAAUUUUCAAAAAGUGGUCAACACGGGAGAAACAAGAAGAAUGCACAAAUGCUGCAAAAGACUGAACAGAGAUAUCCUCCACGUUGAUGUCCACAGAUGUCCUCAGCUGACCACAGAUGACCACAGAUGUCCUCAACAGACCACAAAUGACCACAGAUGUCCUCAACAGACCACAGAUGACCACAGAUGUCCUCAACAGACCACAGAUGACCACAGAUGUUUUCAGCUGACCACAGAUGACCACAGAUGUCUUCAGCUGACCACAAAUGACCAUAGAUGUCUUCAGUUGACCAAUGAAACUUAUCAUCAUAAUUUCUAUGGAAGUAACUGCACGCAAUCAAACGCUCAUUCAAGCAACAUAACCGUUACUCGAAAUGAUGCUUAUGAAGUUUCCAGCCUCCGAGAAAACCUUCCCAUCUUGACAAAUGAACAUCAGCAACACAAUGACGUAUCGCAGAGUAAAAUUUGUUGUCACAGAUUUAUAUCUACGGAGACAUUGCAGCACCCAUCAUCUCCAUCCACCACUGCAUCUCAUACUUCGUCGCUUCCCUCUGUCACAACUUUCAUCUACUGA